ACAGCAAGUGCAGAAAAGCGCACUUAAUAGCAUUGGCGAGAGGUUGGCGGUGGUGGCGGUGCUGCAAUUGGGAUUCUAAUUUUAAAGCUGCAGCAGAAAAGCAGAAGAAAUUGCACAUCCAGUAAACAAAGAACUCCGGACACGAUCGGUCGAUCGCGGCGAUGCUAUAGUGAUUUUGUUUGCGCUACCUUUUUGUUUUUACUACUGCUUCAUACUGUGAACUGCUAGUUUAGUUGAUUGUUGGUUGAACUUUCGAAGAAAUGGAAGAAAUAUAAUAAAAAGCGUCGCUAGCUAAUUGGACCGUGGCACUGAGUAUGCAAUUUCGCACCAUUGGGAAGAAAGAGAGUUUUAUUUGGAGUUGCAGCUGCCUCAUUGUCAAGUCGUCGCCGCCGCUCGUAGCAUACGCUUAUAAACUUCAAGGUGAACUAUAAAACAAAAACGAAAGAGCAUAGCUGAAGAACAGAGGAGAAGAGUGAAGAACGUCAACGCACUCUGGUGCACCAGUCGCUCAUUGGUGAUGGUGUUCGGCUGCAGCAUAUUUUGCAAAAAAAAUUACAAAACGUAAGCAGCCGAAAACGAAGAAGACGUCGAUGAAAGAGCCCGGUGGCGUGGCUUUUGUAUGGGUUUCAAGGGUCGCGCAACGACUAAACAAAACAGCGAACCUAUUUAAAGUGUCGCAUAUACGAGUGCAUACAUACACUCGCACACCGAACAACUGUCGCAAGCAUAGACGAUGGCUAAAACACGAAUAAAAACUACGCCGACGCGUAUGCAGAAGGAUGCGUUAAUGGCAUCAACCGCCACAGUCGCUGCCAUAACCAAGCCGGGGACAACGGUGUGUCAUAUUGCAGCGCCACUCGACGAUGUUAAGAAACGCCUGCGACACUCAGCUGUUCUCAGCAAACCGCCACAAAGCGGUACGUCGACGAUCAUUGUUACAGCACCGAAACGUACAAACUCCAUUUCAUCCGUCACCUCCACUAUAUCGCAAAUAAGCGAUGCACACUCCGAUACCGAAUCGCCUCCACCGCAAACCAUGCUAUCUACGUCAGGGACAACAACAACAGCAACAAAAUCAAUAAAACCUUUACUCACCUCAUAUGCUUCCUCUCAGGCGCCGCGCACACUCAACAGUUCGCUUUGUAAACCCACAACUUCCAUGCCAGCGUUGCGUAACCGCAAAGUAUUUAUGAUUACCGAAAAAUCAGAUGAACCUGCAGGAACGGAAACAUCCACAUCAGCGGUAGCUGGCGGUGCGGCCUGUGGACAGAAAAGAAAAAUGUAUCUUAUUAUGGAGGAGAAUAGCUGCCCUGACGAGGAAGAUAGCAAUGAAGGUGGUCUAAUUGCUAAAGAUGCACACAAGUAUUUAAAAAGAGAGAACGGCUUAAUUGUAGGAGCGAGUGGUUCAAAGAAGUUAACACUCUUUGCAGACAAAGCGGAUAGUGGCGCGCUAACGGAGAAGUUCGAAAAGAUAUUGCCGGAGAUAUUGCAUCGCAUACAGACCAAAGAUGCUGCGAGUGUUGGCCCUGGGCUAGCGAGUGUGGCGUCGACGCCCACACCCACGGCCAUGCCCACGACGGCGAUAUCGAAGCUGCUGAACGGUGCUGCCAAUCUGAAUAUAAUUAAGACUGAGUCCCUACAACCACAACAACAACAACAAUAUCAACCACAAGAGCAAUACUUAAUAAAAAAGGCGACUGAGGACACCAAUGAAAGACUACCAAUUACACUGCCACCGAAAAAGAAUCGCACAAAAAUCAUUACAACGCACAUCAACAACACUUCGUACAACGGCAAUGGCAAUGGCACUAGCCUAGUUAAUAACUUCAGUGACAGCUAUACUAACAACACUGAAAGCAUUUGGGGCAACUUCAGCAAUAUCAGCAGUAGCAGCGGCAGCAGCAGCAACCAUAGUAAUCAUAAAAUUGCCACACAAUGUCAAAUAAAGCAGAUCUCUGCUGCUACGCCAGUCAUUGUUUCAGCGGGCACUGCGGCGGCACGCAACAACAACCACAGCAGCAAUAGCAGCGUGAACGACAUGAAACGCUUUGCUGCUAUUAAUACCAACAACAACAGUGGCAACACAAAUAUAAGAUAUGCGAGUAAUUGCAACGGUCAAGCCGUCACGUCCAUAGCCCAAGUGGAACUGGUGCCACACAAGAACAUCAACCUGUCCACCGAUUUUCACUUCCUCAUCAAGAUGCUGCCCAAGCUGGAAAGCAUACCAGAGCCACACAAAAACAGUGUGAAGGACUGCAUUGAGAAGAUAAUCACACAAAAUGCAAACAUAUUUGCCAAACAGUAACGGUACAUGUAUAUGUACUUCGAAAGCUGGAGUUUCGAAAUAGAAGUUCGAAAGUAAUAACAGUCGUGUUUUUGUUUACGCGCGUAUGUAACUGCGCUUACAGCAGAACAAAAAACACACAUCGACAAUAAAAGCAUUUGGCACCACUGUUCAACAAAUAUCAAAUAAAUAUUUAUUGAAGUUAAUUACCAUCUGAAAAAUGCAAGCGUCGAUAAAGCAGAUUGCAAAUUGAAGCCGAUAAAAACUACCCUCAUCUGCAAGUUUUAUAAGGUCUCUUCUAUUCGUAAUUUCGGCGCACGCUAUCUCUAUGCUCGAUUAACUUAACGAAAAAUUUGCAUACGAAAGCAACAACAAAGUUAUGGAGUAAGAUUCGCCGCUAGUGGGUGUGUCUAUAAUUCAAUAGACUUGUAUACCGCACUGCCUUACCAACACAUGCAAUUCAAGCCAGCUCUCUUCUCGCGUUGCCAACAUCUGUUCAGUUGUACCAGUUGCUGCAGCUAUUCGCCACUUGCUAACCCUUGGAGAAAAGAAGAGGCAAGGUGUAUCUUGCGUUUAUUAUGCGGCAGUCGCGUAUGCGCGUAGAAAAAAACACACAGCUAAUAUCUGCAACUAUGUGGAAUUAUAGAAUAUUAUAUUAUUAAAAUCGGUGGCCAGCGAACGAUUGACAUACAAACACAUGAAAAUGUUGAACAAAAAGUUUCUUUACAUAUACAGUUAUUAAUUAUUUUAUUUGAAAACGUUGAAGGUUAUUUAAUUUAAGUGCGCGUACUUUUUUCGAAAUCUCUACACAUUUUUUACAAAUGAAUGUAGGACAUUCGCUAAAAUAGUUUACGAAAUAUAAUUACUGAUAAGACAUUUACAACUUUGAAAUGUUUUCUAAUUUAAGUUUUGCAUAAUAAUGCGGGCCUGCAUACAUAUGUAUGUGCAUAUGAUUAUGUACUUUUAUCUAUAUAAAUUUUAUAUGCAUACCUGUAUAUGCAUACAUUUUUUAUGCUUUUCAUAAACAUAGACUGACGGCGGUAAGGCUGCAAAAUUGUAUUUAGCUAUACUUCAAGUAAAUCGUAAGUCGUAAAUCAAAGAUACAAAUAUUAUUGUGAACUGCAAAUAUCUCGAAAUAAAAUUUCUCGAAAGAAGUGUGUAUGUACACACAUAUGUAUAUGCAUUUGAAUAAUUGUAAGUGUAUACACAAUUCUAUUUUCGUAAUUGGUAACCCAAAUAAAAGUAACUUGAAUUGAGAAAAUCGGACAAA